AGAGAUGUGAUUAUUCCAAAAAGCUGUGUGACUCCUCCUUUGGAUUACUGAAUACAGAUGUGGUCAGCAGAUUUCAGACGAAACAUAGACUCUCUGGACUGAGUUUAGAAAUGCCUGCCCAGGUUAGUCCGGGGAUGCAUCACAACAAAGACCAGGUAACUCGAGGCACCCUCAGUGCUGAAGAACUGGAGAGCGUUGAAGUUCAGAAGGAGCUGCUGGGUACAAGUGCCUUAAUGUUCUUGCUGCCAGUUCAGAGUGAAGGCAUUGAUUCGGAGGAGGAGGCUGUCUACUGGCUGUCUGCUAUACUGCAGCUAAAGCAGAUGCUCCAGGCCAAACCCUUCCACCCGGCUGUUCCUUUAGUUGUGCUUGUCCCUCAACUGGAAGAAGGGUCUCUCACUGAAGAGGAUGUGAGAAAUGGUAUGAUGCUUCAGGAUCUGGUAUCUGCUAAUCUUAUAUCGGAGUAUCUCAUUGUGCUGAUUCCAUGUUCUACUGCAAGUCUGCAGGGUGCCAGCAGAGUUUCAGAAGCACUGAAGUGGCUUGCAUCUUGCUGUCCCUGUCCGCCAGAGCUGUGUUCACAAACUUUCCUUCAGUUCCUUGAAGAUGGUCUUUGCAGGGAAUUCAGUGACAGAUUUUACCUUGACAAAAAGGAGAGGCAAGCAGCAUGUCUGCCUUCCCAGUGUCCUGCAGCUGUUAUUGAACUGUAUAACAGUGUGAUAAGUUUCCUUUCAAAAGUGGUGUCCUCAGAAGAGCUGCAUGACCUUUCAUGGCCAGUGACUGAGUUUUCAGAAUGUGGAGCUAGCAGUGUGCUCCCUAAUCUUCAGUGGAAUACAUCCGAAUACAUCCAUUGGCUACAGAAGGCUGUUCUAACCUUUCAUAUCCCUGAAGUUAACUUGCCACCUUCACAUGCUCCCUGGUCAUCUGUGUGUGAAGAGAUUAUCCAGUAUGCCUCUCUAAUACCAACUUCAUCUCGCACCCAGCAUGUGCUGCUCUCCCAGGUGAACAAUUUACUUGAUCGAAUUUAUGAUGAGUGGCAGGAGAGUGAUUUGCAUUGUCUUGGUAACGAAGGGCCUACUGUUCAGGAUAUCGCCUGGGAUGACAUAAUUGCAUUGUGCAUUAACCAUCGACUAAGGGACUGGAAGCUUCCUGAACUAGCAGACAUACCAGCAGCCUUGGAUGAUGAUGGAGAAAUAAUGGUUUGCUAUUUUAAGGAUGACCUGAAGAAGUACCAGCCUCCCAGCUCUUGGGAGGAGGCACGAUUGAGAACCCAAAAAGAAGCCGAACGUGUACCUCCAAGCUUGGGCUGGAAACCCAAGAGUCCUGAAAGACUUGUAUCUCAGAGGGUGCAGACUUCACAGAUGCCUAGUGACAACGGCUUGAUGUUACAGCAGAGUACAAAUUUCAUAGAAAUGAACAUUACCCAGAAAAUCCCAGAAGACCAGCUCCUUGUCCGGCGUCUUUCAUCCAGACUUAAGGUGGAAAAGGAGGAAAAUCAGAGGUUUGAAGAUCGUCUGAAGAGGUUAUUGGAUGAACAACCCGAGGAUCUCGCAGUAAACUUGUCUUUGCCUUGCUACCUGCCUACAGCCUUACUGCAUGCUUCUGAUACUUUCCAAUCUAUGUUCAGGCCACUGUCUUCAAAUGCGCCACAGAUCCAGAAUGUGACAUGUUCUGCUACGGAGGAGCCCAGCAAAACUGUUAUGAGCAGACUGAAAGAACUGAAAAGGUUGCUGAAGGCCAACAAAGAAGAAAACCUAUCCUAUGAGUUGCACCUCUCCAACAUAUUAGACAUCAGUGACGGAUGACAUUAACAAAUACUGCUCAAGAAACUCUGCAUAUUAUGACUAGUAAAGUUCAGUUUUGAUGGUAAACUGAAAAGAAAGUGGAAAAAAGGAGUACUAAGCUCUAUUGACUGCUAAUGUUAAUUUGUCAUCAGCAUGUUUUACAGUGCAGAAACUGAAUUUCUAUAGCACCAGACGACUUUUUAAAUGCCUUUUGUUGGUCCAUCCAUGUAUGUGUUUUAGUGUAGUGCUGUUAGCACUCACCUGUUUGUAAUUCUUUUUUUUCAGCUUUUAUCGUAGAUUUUAAAUAUCACCAAAUACAUCUCCCUCUUAACAGAAAGGGAGUGACUCUAAGUGAGCUUGAUUUUGAAUGUAUUCUUUUCCUGCUUUCCAGUUACUGUAUGUUAAACAAAAAAGACAUUAAAAGGAUCUUGGUUUUGCACCUUGCAAAA